AUGGUUACGCCCGCCGACAUGAUCAGAGAACUUGCUCUCACCAACAAGCGCCUUGUCAAGAAGGUCGAAGCUAUUCAGCUCGACAACCACAACCUCAGAGUCACCAACGACAUGCUCAAGAACAAGGCCGCUACCGACCAAGCCGUCAUGAACGCCGCCGUCACCAUCAAGAAUCUCGAGGCUUACAACCAAACCCUUGAGAACGAGAACCUGCACCUCAGAGAACAGCUUGAGCACUGUGCCGAGAAGAAGAAGAUUGACCAGAAGUUGGAGAUCUUGCGAAAUGAGGUUGAGGCCAUCGAUGAGGAGCUCGCUAAGCGUGUGGCGGAGAUGAACAUCAUGCAGGAACUGGGCGACAAGAUGAACUUGUUGAAGCAGCUUAGUGGUCAGGAAGAUGGCCAGAAGGAGAACGAGUCGGAUUCCGACGACGUCUUCAAGGAGCGCACUAAGAAAGCCAACGAGUGA